CCCUCUCCCUUCCACUAUAUAUAUUCCCUUCCCUCAAGGCCCCUUUCAAAAACCCACAAGGAGAAUUGUGUUUUCUUGCAAAACCCAGUGAGACAAUUCUUCUUUUUCGAGAGAAACUUAAUUUCUGAAAACCCCUGUUUGGUACCCGAGAGAAUUAGUGAGAUCUGAUCCUAGGAUGGCUGGAAAUAUUGUUGUGGUUUUUGACUUCGACAAGACGAUUAUCGACUUGGAUAGUGAUAACUGGGUAAUCGAUGAAUUGGGUUUCACCGAUCUGUUCGAUCAACUCCUCCCAACAAUGCCAUGGAACUCCCUCAUGGACAAGAUGAUGAAGGAGGUCCAUUCCCAAGGAAAAACCAUUGAUGACAUUGUGAAGGUUCUGCAAAGAGCUCCUAUCCACCCCCGGAUCGUCCCUGCCAUUAAAACAGCUCAUGCUUUAGGGUGCGAUUUGAGGAUCGUAAGCGAUGCGAAUCUCUUCUUUAUCGAGACGAUUGUGAAGCAUUUGGGAGUGAGUGAUUGUUUUUCUGAAAUCAACACAAAUCCAAGCUAUGUUGAUGAAGAAGGAAGGCUGAGGAUAUUCCCUUACCAGGAUUUCCACUCCUCUCCCCAUGGAUGUGACCGCUGCCCUCCCAACAUGUGCAAGGGUCUGAUAAUUGAAAAAAUAAAAUCCACUCUAGCUGAGGAAGGAAACAACAAGAAGAAGUUCAUCUAUCUAGGAGAUGGAAGUGGUGAUUUCUGCCCCAGCUUGAAACUCAAACAAGGAGACUACGUGAUGCCAAGAAAAAACUACCCGGUCUGGGACUUGAUUUGCAAAAACAGGAUCCAAAUCGAGGCGGAAAUCCACGAAUGGAGCGACGGUGAAGAUCUCGAGCGUGUCUUACUCCAUCUCAUCAACACAACUCCAAUGGAAGAGGAAACCAAGAAGUUGUUUCCGAUCGAUUGGAAGUUCGAGACGAUGGUUCCGGUGGCCGCCCAUGAUGCCUUCCCUCAAGUUGUUUCCGUCCCGCAUUAGUGGUCCAACAACAGUAGCGUUAAGGACAUGUCGAAAAUCGUCUUUGCAAGUACUUAUAAUGAGCAUGGUGUGGUUUCCAGGACCCAUUUAUGAGAUGAAGUUGAAAUGCGUUGUACUUACAUGGGGCUUGCCUCUAUUUAUCUCUGGCUAAAACUUGAAAUGUUUCCCCUGGUUUAAAUACUGGACUUGCAUCCACUUGUAUUGGGCA